AUGGACUUUAAUAGAGAGUGCCUGCAUUGCUCAUGUAAAUGUUCAUUCGGAGCGCGCGAUUGGUCGAAUCGGUCAGUCAAAUCUUAGCCGUUUUCUUUGAAAUUCGCAAUCCAUUACGCGAAAUAUCGCCGUUAGUUUUUCCUCGAAAAGUAGUGAUUUAAUUUUAUGGAAUUAUGACAGAGACACAACAAAAGACCAAGUGUAUUACUCUGAAAGGCUCCGCUGAAUUGGUUACACAAUAUCUGCUGUAUGGAGUCAACAGUAUACUCUAUCAACGAGGAAUUUAUCCACCAGAGACGUUUCAGCCUUCUGAACACUUUGGCUUAUACAUCUUUAGAUCCACGGACGAAAAGAUCACAUCUUUUUUAGAUACUGUUCUGGGACAAAUCCAGGAAUGGCUUGUGCAACGUAAGGUACGUAAGAUCACACUUGUCAUAACAAAUGUGAACACAAAGGAGGUUUUGGAGAAGUGGGACUUCAAGGUUGAUUAUGAAGAUCAAAAGGCAAAUGGAACUGAUAGCAAUAUCAAAGCUGAUUUGCCUGAAAUGGGAACAAAGGAUGUGAAAACUAUACAGAAAGAAAUACGGGAAGUGAUUCGUCAAAUCACAGGUACAGUGAGUUUUUUGCCACUUUUGGACUGUUUGUGCUCUUUUGACAUACUUACAUACACAGUACCUGACUGUAGCAUUCCUAAUCAGUGGGACGAAACUCAGCCAGUUUUUAUUGCAAACAGUCAGGAGGUUCAACUGAGAACAUUUUCAACUUCUAUACAUAAAAUGGAUACUGUAGUUAGUUACAAAAAUAUUUGAGGCUUUAUAUGAUUUCUCUCGCAAUAAAUGUAAAUAUAUAAAUUGCA